ACCCAUGGUUUUUUAGGUGCAAGACCUGAUAGUAUAAUUACUGAUCAAGAGGAAAGCACCCCUGGGGUUGUUGAGUUUAAGUACAUUCAAGUUAAACCUGGUGAAACUUUAACAGAUGUCCUUUUAAGGCAACACAAGGUGCAACACAAAGAUAAUGAAAUUAUUCAGCUCAACAAAACCACAAAUAUUACUUACAGUUGUACCAGCAAAUGUUUGUCACAGAAUAUCACUGGGGAGUUCUUGUAGCCCAGGGGUCAAAUGGAGACUUGUUUUAUGAAAAAGUGAAUUUUACAGAAAAUUUAUGAUCUCCUGUACUUUACAGAAAAUUUUUGGUCUCCUGUCCUGGUGAAACUUUAACAGAUGUCCCUUUAAGGCAACACAUAUGUUUAAAAGUGCAACACAGAGAUAAUGAAAUUAUUCAGCUCAACAAAACCCCAAAUGUUACUUACAGUUGUACCAGCAAAUGUUUGUCACAGAAUAUCACUGGGGAGUUCUUGUAGCCCAGGGGACAAAUGGAGACUUGUUUUAUGAAAAAGUGAUUUUUACAGAAAAUUUCUGGUCUCCUGUACUUAAAAAACUUGAAACUUUUUUUGACACAUUCCUUGUUUAUGAACUUGCUUAUCCAAGGGUUCAACUUGGACUAGAACGCACAGCAGUGUUCUAG